ACUAAAAGCCUUCUAUAUUUUCACCCGCUCUUCUUCUCCUCCCAGUUUUCGGCUCUGCCUGGCCUCCGCUCGUUGCUGCUCCUCCAGCCGUCGUCCUGCGCCUGCUCCUGCAGCCGCCGACUUUUUCAUUCAGGUGCUAACAUACAAACACUUGAUUGCAGCAGAAAAUGAGGAAGAAAGUAGAUGAACGAAUCAGGACUCUCGUUGAAAAUGGUGUCAAAACAAGGCAUCGUUCCAUGUUUGUCAUCAUUGGUGACAAGUCUCGGGACCAGAUUGUAAAUCUCCAUUACAUGCUUAGCAAGGCCCAGAUCAAAUCCAGGCCAACUGUUUUGUGGUGUUACAAGGACAAACUUGAACUUAGCAGCCAUAAGAAAAAACGUGCAAAGCAGAUCAAAAAGUUGAUGCAGAGGGGUCUACUGGAUCCUGAGAAAGUUGAUCCAUUUUCACUGUUUGUAGAAAGUGGUGGAUUAACUUAUUGUUUAUAUAAGGAUUCAGAAAGAAUUCUUGGUAAUACGUUUGGAAUGUGUAUACUUCAGGAUUUUGAGGCUUUGACACCCAAUCUCCUUGCAAGAACAAUAGAGACAGUGGAGGGAGGUGGGUUGAUUGUGCUGCUACUUCGUUCUCUAUCCUCUUUAACCAGCUUGUACACCAUGGUGAUGGAUGUUCAUGAUCGAUUUCGAACUGAAUCCCACUCUGAGGCUGCUGGGCGCUUUAAUGAACGCUUCUUACUGUCACUUGCUUCGUGCAAGGCAUGUGUGGUCAUGGAUGAUGAACUGAACAUAUUACCAAUUUCAUCCCACAUGAAGUCUAUUACCCCUGUUCCCUCUAAGGAGGACUCUGAGGGACUCUCAGAAUCAGAACAGGAUCUAAAAAACCUGAAAGAACAACUAAAUGAAGAUUUCCCAGUUGGUCCAUUGAUUAGGAAAUGCUGCACACUGGAUCAGGGAAAGGCAGUCAUCACUUUUCUGGAUGCAAUUUUAGAUAAGACACUUCGUAGUACUGUUGCCUUGUUGGCUGCUCGUGGCCGUGGGAAAUCAGCCGCCCUUGGUUUAGCAAUUGCUGGAGCUAUUGCUGUGGGUUAUUCAAAUAUCUUUGUGACUGCACCCAGCCCUGAGAACUUGAAAACUUUAUUUGAAUUUGUUUGCAAAGGUUUUCAAGCACUUGAAUAUAAGGAACAUCUUGAUUAUGAUGUGGUGAAAAGUACAAAUCCAGAGUUUAAGAAAGCUACUGUAAGGAUCAAUAUUUACAAGCAGCAUAGACAGACAAUCCAGUACAUACUUCCACAUGAGCAUGCAAAGCUUUCUCAAGUUGAGCUGUUGGUUGUUGAUGAAGCAGCUGCUAUUCCACUGCCUGUUGUGAAGUCUUUGCUUGGUCCAUAUUUGGUCUUUCUGUCAUCUACUGUGAAUGGUUAUGAAGGUACAGGACGCUCGUUAUCGCUAAAACUUGUGCAGCAAUUGGAAGAGCAAAGUCAUGCGUUAUCUAAGAAUGCAGAAGGCCCUGCUUCUGGUCGUCUGUUGAAGAAGAUAGAACUUAGUGAAUCAAUCAGAUAUGGUUCUGGGGAUCAAAUUGAAAGUUGGCUCAAUGCUUUGCUUUGCCUAGAUGUUGCAAAUUCUAUCCCUAAUCUUAGCAGAUUACCUCCUCCCAGUGAAUGUGACCUAUACUAUGUUAAUCGGGAUACCCUUUUCUCCUAUCAUAGAGAUAGUGAAUUGUUUCUGCAGCGAAUGAUGGCCUUAUAUGUUGCCUCUCAUUACAAGAAUUCUCCAAAUGAUCUGCAACUGAUGGCUGAUGCUCCAGCACACCACUUAUUUGUUCUCCUUGGUCCUGUUGAUGAGGCAAGGAAUCAACUUCCUGAUAUCUUGUGCGUCAUCCAGGUCUGCCUUGAAGGGCAGAUAUCUCGUCAGUCAGCAAUCAGAAGUUUGAGUGAUGGCCAUCAACCUUUUGGAGACCAAAUACCUUGGAAAUUCUGUGAGCAAUUUCGAGACACAGUUUUUCCCUCGCUUUCUGGGGUUCGCAUUGUGCGCAUUGCUACCCACCCAAGUGCUAUGAGGCUUGGAUAUGGUUCACAAGCAGUCGAGCUUUUAAUACGUUAUUAUGAAGGACAACUUACUCCUAUCUCUGAGAUGGAUGUUGAAGAUGCAGUGGAGGCUCCCCGAGUCAGAGUUACGGAAGCUGCUGAGAAGGUUUCUCUGCUUGAAGAAAAUAUAAGACCUAGAACAGAUCUUCCACAUCUGCUUGUACAUCUACGUGAACGACGCCCAGAGAAACUCCAUUAUAUUGGUGUCUCCUUUGGGCUAACUUUAGACCUUUUUCGCUUUUGGAGGAAGCAUAAAUUUGCUCCCUUCUACAUUGGCCAGAUUCCAAAUACCGUGACUGGUGAGCAUACAUGUAUGAUCCUAAAACCUUUGAACAAUGAUGAAAUUGAUGCUGAUGGAUCCGAUCAAUGGGGCUUUUUUGGUCCGUUUUACCAAGAUUUUAGACAAAGAUUUGCUAGACUUCUGGCUUCCACUUUCCGUGAAAUGGAAUACAAGCUUGCUAUGAGUGUCUUGGAUCCAAAAAUCAAUUUCAUGGAGUUAGAAACUGCGAAAAACUCUGGAAAGUCUUUGGGGCCAGUUAGAGAAUAUUUAUCACCACAUGAUAUGAAGCGUCUAGAGGCUUAUGUUGACAAUCUUGCUGACUUUCAUCUGAUCUUAGAUUUUGUUCCUAUCCUUGCACAUCUCUACUUCCAAGAAAAGCUUCCGGUCACAUUGUCAUAUGUUCAGGCUUCUGUGUUACUCUGCAUUGGUCUACAGAAUCAGAACAUUUCGUACAUUGAGGCACAAACGAAGUUGGAAAGACAACAAAUAUUGUCUCUCUUCAUAAAAGUUAUGAAGAAGUUGUACAAAUAUCUACACGGCCUUGAAUCCAAGGAGGUCGAGUCAACGUUGCCACGACUGAAAGAAAUUGUCAUGGAACCCCAUAGUGUUUCUGUCGACGAAGAUCUUAACAAUGCAGCUAAACAAGUCGAGGACGACAUGAAGUCAAAAUCAGAAGCAAUCUUCACUCCUGAAUUACUCCAACGUUAUGCUAUUGCAGACGAGGAAGCUGAUCUUGAGAAUGCUUUGCAAAAUAAUGAUGGAAAAUUACCCACAGGUGGGCUAAUUAGUGUAAAAUCCAGCAGGAGUGACAUAAAGCCUGAAAAGGAAAAGGGGAGUCAUAAGAGUGACAAGAGACGGAGUAAAGAUAGGCAUGACAAAUCUAGCAAAAGAAAAAGAACUUGAAUAUGAGAUGGAGCCAAAACCAUAUGAUUACAGGAUUAAUGGCACGGAACACCGAACUUUUUGAUCCAAAUAUAGAUCUCACUGAUAAUUUUUGAUACUUUCCCUGCAAAAACGGAGGAAAAUGAUACCAGGAGGCAUCAGAUAAUGGAUUGGAUUUGCCCGUUUUGGUCUUCAGGGUAGAGAGGAAUCAUUUGUUUAUUUCAAGAGCUGAUGUCUUGUGUCUUUUUGUUCGUUGUACUGGGAAAUUGACCAAUAUUAAGGCGUAGUUGGUAUUGAAAUUUUGAUGCGACCCCUCAGAGAUCCAAAUUUUGAUUUUUUUUUUUUUUUUGUAUUGUAUUUCUUUUAGCAAUCGGCACGUGACUGCAAAACUAGUGUUGAGCUUAAGUUAAUUCAUAUAUCUAUAGUGGUC